CGACCACGUGGCUCCCAGUUCAUCGUCCAAUCUUUCUCUACCUCCCCCAAUUUUCUCCUCCAUUUCUUCCUCUUUCUCCCCUGGCUCCAUUUCCAGGGAGGGAGGAAACGGAGAACACACAGGGACUGUGGCACAGACACGCCAGCAAUGGCGGCCUCCCUCUGGCUGCUACAGCUCCCAGCUCCUCUCCAGAACACUGUCCUCUCCUCGACCAGCCACUCCUCAUCUCCUCUGCUGCACAGGAAGCACGCACCAACCAGAGCCAGAGGCAACCUUGUCUGCAGCUCUUCUGGUAGCUCCUCGUCUUCUUCCGUUGUGACCAAGGACCAAGAGGGAGCAGCAGAGGCGACCUCCCCUGCUCCUGCUCCUGCACCUGUCAGCUAUGAUUACAGGGAUGACCCCAACUUCAGGGGGUGCAAGGGCUGCGGCCGCGAGGAAACGGAGAGGGGCUGCAAUGGCGAAGGGCGGAUCAUGGGCGGCAUAGCCGCCGUCCCCUUGUUCGGAUGGUGGCCGAUCAAGGCCUACCGGCCGUGCCCCGGCUUUGUCGCCUCCGGCGGCCGGUACAGGCGCUACGGCCAGAGCAUGGACGACGUCAUAGCCGGAAAGGGAAGGAAAGUCCCCUCCAACAGCAACAAAAGUGACAAGUAAUUCAGACCCAAGGAACUGUGGUGCAUGCUGAAGACAGGAAGAGGGCCUGGUUCAACUCUUCAGAUUUUUAUUUCUCGGUCUUGACAUUGUCUAGCUAGGUCAGAUUCUUCGAGCAGUGUUGGAAUCUAAUCCAGCCCGCAGAACCAAUUCCACAUUACUAUGUUUGUAGCUCGGAUUCGACGGUUCCAUCUUGCAAGCGAUUACAGGGAACUUGUGGAAUUGUA